UCUGGUUCUAGGCUUGAUGCACGUCGGUGGGUCCCGACUAUUUUUUUUCUUACUCCGAUAUCACCGGAGUAGAGCAUUUGAUUCCGGAGUAAAAUGUUUAGUAUACAGCUUCACGCCGUCGAAUCAAGCUCACUUGAAUACAAUCAGUUCCUUGACAAAGCACAGAAUCAAAACAAUCCUCGCAACUCCAUCGCAACAACAUACCAGAACUAUAAAAGACCACCACAAACCAAACAAAACAUCUUCCGAACAUCAGUCUCCGAAGUCCUCUCUGAAGACCAAGUCAAAAUCACGUCAAAGACUUCUUCAAACAACAAAUCACCACUCAAAACCAAAAUGCCUUUCAGAACCUCCAUGUCCUCCAACUCCUCCUCCGGCGACGCCGCCUCUACUCGCUCGGACUCCUCCAAAGCAUCAACCCUAAAGGGUGUCCAAAACAUGUACAAGAAGUUCCUCGCGACGAAGCACAAGGCCCACCCCCACGCCAGCUCUUCCCCAUGCUCCGCUGCUGCUGAGCACAACGCGGCUGUCGCCAGCUAUCUAGCUCUGCGGUGA